UAAUACAUGCGCAUGCGGAAAUGUAAAUAAUAACAAAAUGGCGGAAGUAACACCCAAUGCAGAUGAAAAUCCAUGGAAAAAGUUAAAUGUAGCGAUUCAGGAUGCAGACACUUUAAGACAAGAAGCGGUUGAGGCGCAUACUGAACAUUUAAUAACUGAAAUAGAAACUUUAGAAGGACCGCUUGCCACUACUUUGAGAGCUGUAUACGAUGGGGAAGGUGUCGAUUACUUUAUGGAAAAGCUUGAUGCUCGAAUCAAAGGUCAUGAUCAUGAAAUUGAGCGUAUGUGUAACUACCACUAUCAAGGAUUUAUUGACUCCAUAAGGGAACUGCAACAAGUGAGUGGUGAUGCCACCAAACUAAAGGGUGAAAUUCAAGGACUAAACAGAGAACUAAAAUUCUCUUGUGAUCCAUUGUUAAGUAAAGGAGAUGAACUAGUCAAAUAUAGAAAAAUUCAGAAAAAUGUUACACUCGCUAUUGAAAGUCUUAGUCUGUGUUUACCUGUUUUAGAAAUGUACGGAAAGCUUCAAGAACAAAUGAAAUGCAAAAGGUACUAUCCUGCUUUAAAAACCCUGGAACAACUCGAGCACACAUACCUCCCACGUGUCUUAAAUCAUUGGUUUUCCCAAACCAUGGCUGAAGCCAUACCCAGGCUGCGGGAGAGGAUCAAAGAUGCCUCCAUGGUGGAGCUCAAAGAUUUCCUAGAAAGUAUUAGAAAGCAUUCAGCAAAGAUAGGAGAAGUGGCUAUGAGACAUGCUGCAGAACAAAAUAACAUGGAUCCUUCGAUAGCUAAGAAACGUGUGAAAACUCGAAGAGCUCCCCCACCUCCAAAUCCAUUUACAGGGGAAGUAGAAGAUGUAGCACCAUCUCCACCUACCAAUAACAGUGAUAAGGAAGAGGAAUUAAGUGCCCAAGACCUGAUUGAUUUCUCUCCAGUUUAUAGGUGUCUACAUAUUUAUUCAUUAUUGGGAGACAAAGAAAAGUUUGAAAGCUACUACAGGUCUCAGAGAUGGAAGCAAGCCUGGCUCUCUUUGCAGCCUCCUCCAAAUAUGCAUGAGAGUUUGGAUUUGUUUAAAAAGUACUUCCAUGAUAUAAUAGGAUUUUUUGUGGUAGAAGAUCAUAUUUUACACACAACUCAAGGUCUGGUGACCAGGUCACACAUGGAUGAACUGUGGGAGAAGACUGUUGAGAAGCUAAGUGCUACCCUUAGAAUAACAUGGGAGAAGCAGAUGGAAAGUUUUCAAGAGAAGAAAACAAACAACAACCAGGUGGCUGAAAAUAAUAACCUGGAGGAGAUGGAAAUAGAGGAGGUUACAACUGGUUCAGACAGUCCUCAGUUUACUUUUACCCUAUCCUCUCACCUUCCUCACAAUAAAUCCUGUAAACUAGCAAGUCUGAUGCUGGAGGUGAAAAAAUUGAUUGUCUUGUUUUGCCACACACUGAAGGGCUAUGGUUUCAGUGUUGGGAGAUUACUAGAACUUCUGCUUGAGAUGAGAGACAGAUACAGCGUCAUAUUGUCAGACCAGUGGAUUGAUGUCUUCACUGACAUAUUUACUGAGGACAACUACACCCCUAUUCUCUGUGAUAAGCCUGAAGAUUAUGUCAUCAUUUGUAGCCAGUUUCCUUAUACAGAUAAAGAGUUAGAUAAAAGUGAGUAUCCACGGCAGUUUCCAUUUUCACAGUUUGUGCCUAGCAUUUAUGUUCAAGUGAAAGAAUAUAUUAAUGCUUGCUUAAAGUUCUCAGCUGAUUUACAUCUGAGUCACACAGAAAUAGAUGAUAUGAUUCGCAAGUCUGCCAACCAACUGCUGACUAAAACACUAGGUGCUUGUCUUUCAAAACUGAUAAAAAAACCAAGUCUAAGUUUAUUACAGUUGAUUCAAAUAUCAAUCAAUAUGAACUACUUAGAAAUGUCUUGUGAGUACUUGGAGGAAUAUAUUUCCAGUCUAACAGGUGCUGAAAAAGACAGUGUACACAUAGCAAGACUUCAUGGUUCAUCUAUGUUUAAGGAUGCCAGAAGUGAAGCUGAACAACAAAUUUACCAACAGUUGAAUUUAAAAAUAGAUGAAUUUCUUGAUUUAGCAUCGUAUGACUGGACUAUCUCUGAUUCAAAAGGGCAAGCUAGCAGCUAUCUCAUGGAUUUAGUUGUAUUCCUCAAAAGUAUUUUUAUGUCUUUCACCAACUUGCCUGUAUUCCAUACCAGUUGUUCCAAAUAUGUUGAGAAAGUUGCCAAGACUGCCUGUAUGUCAGCUUGUCAGCACAUAGCAUCACGCCUCAUGGCUUUAAUGCUAGACAAUGAAGUCAAGCUGUUGUCAAUGGGAGCAUUCCACCAGUUCAACUUAGAUGUCAUGCAGUGUGAACAAUUUGCAGCAUCAGCACCUAUACCAGAUUCUAAUGAUGGAACCUUGCAGAUGGCUUUCACAGAUCUUAGACAAUUGUUGGAUCUCUUCAUCAAUUGGGAUUGGUCAGUCUACCUGGCAGACUAUGGCAAGCAGCAGUCUCGGUACCUUCGAGUACCUCGGCAUAUAGCAGUUAGUUUGUUGGAGAAAUUAAAUAAUGGUGACAAAAAGAAAAACAAUUUGUUUGCAUCUCUGAAGAAAAAUGAAAGGGACAAAAAACGUUUGAUAGAGACUGUCUUGAAACAACUCAAAGUCUUAGAAAAUGGUGCUGCAUGAUUUAGGACUUAGGCCAUUAUUUUAUUCCAAUUUCUUGAGCAUGGACUUCAACACUUUCCUGCCAGACAGAUGUUUGCUGGACUGCCAUUAGUACUCAGAGACAUCUGUAGCAACCUUCAAUUCAUCAAACACAAAGACAAGAUGAAGGAGUACAGUACAAACAAGAAUCAACAUCAAGCCAAAUGUUUAUUGAGUUUGAGCCCAUCAUACUGUUAAUAUCAGACAGUAGACUUGAUCAAAAGUUUUCAUUGUAGAUUCAAAAUGUAUUGCAUUCUCACAUUUUAAACUUCUUUUUCAUUCUCAUCUUUAGCAUUGAAAGGAUCAAAUAACUAGUGCUAAAUCUGACCUGCACAAUGAUUCCCAGAUCUGGCAUUUCUCUAUGAAGUAUGUCUUGUAGAAGCCUAUACCACCAAGCCUAUUCAUUCAGUAUGCAGGCUUGAAGGAUGUGGUCAGCAUUUUUUUUUUUUU